AUGUCUUCUGACAACACUGCACCAAAGUUGGAGCAGGCGCACUCUCCGCUCGAUCCAAAGACCCCGGCCGAUAAGGGCGAAGAAGAAAAGGGAAAGAUGGAGGCAGCAUCGGAGUUUGACGUGUUCUGGAAUGAGCCUGUUGAUCAAGAUCCAGAAAAUCCCAUGAACUGGAGCUCAGCGCGCAGAUGGACUAUCGUUGGAGCGGUAUCCUUCAUUACUUUUUUGACUCCCCUCGCGUCAUCCAUGUUUGCACCUGCAGUACCUCAAGUUAUGGCCGACUUUAAUGUUAGCUCGACAAUGCUAGCGACCUUCGUUGUCUCGGUCUACAUCCUCGGCUUUGCAUUCGGCCCUCUCAUAGUCGCUCCACUGAGUGAACAUAGUGGCCGUCUCAUCGUCUACAACACUUGCAACUUCGUAUUCUGUGUUUUCAAUAUCGGCAGUGCGUUGGCCCCGAAUCUGGCGGCCCUUAUCAUUUUCCGAUUUUUGGAUGGUGUUGCCGGUGUGACGCCGACAACCAUCGGAAGUGGCACGAUUGCAGACAUCAUGCCAAGAGAAAGUCGGGGUAAAGCUAUGGCUCUUUGGUCUCUGGGGCCUUUAUUCGGUCCUAUAAUUGGUCCAGUUGUUGGUGGAUAUCUAGUCGAGGCUACGAGCUGGCGAUGGGUGUUCUGGGUUUUGGCAAUUGCGGGCGGCGUCGCGUCGACUGCCUUCUUCUUUAUCGUCCCUGAAACGCACGGUCCUACAAUUCUUGAACGCAAGGCAGCACGGCUACGGAAAGAGACCGGCAGCAUGGAAUAUAGGUCUCGAUUGGAUGACGGCAUUCCCCCUAAACAAAGAUUCUUGCAGAGCCUCGUUCGCCCAACGAAGAUGUUACUCUUUUCGCCAAUUGUGUCAUCGAUGUGUAUCUAUAUUGCGGUUCUCUACGGCCUCUUAUACAUUCUUUUCACUACAUUUACCGAGGUAUUCGAAGGACAAUACGGGUUUUCAUCUGGCGCAAGCGGCCUGUCCUUUCUGGGCAGUGGAGUUGGCAUGCUUCUCGGACUUCUCUAUGCUGGCACGCUCAGCGAUCGCAAGAUCAAACAGAAGAUUGCAAGAAAGGAACAACCCCAGCCAGAAGACCGACUCCCUUGGUAUAUUGCUCUUCCUGGAUCGCUGAGUAUCCCCGCUGGACUCUUCAUCUACGGCUGGGCAACUGAUAAACAUGUCCCUUGGAUUGUUGCUGAGAUAGGAAAUGCUGUGACGGGAUACGGAAUGAUUCUUACUUUGAUGGGCAUUCAGACCUACCUGGUUGAUGCAUUCACGCAGCAUGCAGCCAGUGCUAUUGCAGCCUGUACCGUUCUGCGGAGCUUGGCUGGUGGGCUUCUUCCUCUUUGCGGAUUGAAGUUAUACGACAAGCUCGGUUUGGGAUGGGGAAAUAGCCUGCUGGCAUUCAUUGCUUUGGCCGCAGCCCCGAUUCCCAUUCUAUUCCAAUUGUUUGGAGCGCAGCUGAGGGCUAAAUCCAAGCCUCCAAGAUAG